GAUGAUGGGGGAGGGAGGGAGAGAGGGAGAGGGGGGGAGGCUGGAUGGUGCACCCCAGACUAUUGUGCCCGGUCCUUAGCCCAUUAGCCACCUCCACCGAGCACUCCGCGUUCCCAAGAGCAGCUCGCGGCCUGCCCGCGUGGACUCGGUAUCCAGGCAUCGAGGAGGGCGCGGAGAGGGGAGCGGCGCAGAAACAGUAGAAACAGUAUUUAGAGUUUGAUCUCCAGGAAAGAGUCCAAAAUUUGAGGAGAAAGAAAAGGGGAGCGGGGACAUUGGUAGGCAAGAGAGAGAGCCCCCCAACAACAAACCGGGGGCUGACAAAGUUGUCUCUUUGGCAGUCGCGCCUCCUAUUGAAGCAGUAAUUUAUUCAAAGGAGAUUUUUAUCCCCGCGAUCUGAUUAUUAUGAUAAUCAAGUGACCCAGACCCCCUUUCUUGGCUCUUGUCUGCGGGCCCGGGGCUCGGCGGUGACAGUAAAAGCUGAUUUGCACGGUCUUGGCCCCCCCUGCCCACAUUCCUGGACUCCUCUGUAUCAAAGACGCGCACAAUGAGAGCGCUGGAUGUGCGCACUUGAUCCACGGAGGCGCAUGAGCGGAGGCCGCAAGUCUGCGCCGGAGGGGCGGGGGGGUGCUGUGUCAAACGAAUACUAGUAUCCCGAGCAGAUUACAGUUUACAAGGUUUUAUAAUCCCACAUGAGGCUCAAAACAGACACACUUGACAGGUGAGUGAGUGAGUGAGUGAGUGAGUGAGUGAGUGAGUGAGUGAGUGAGUGAGUGAGUGAGUGAGUGAGUGAGUGAGUGGAGACUGAUCAUGAGGUUUGGAGCUAAAAUCAUCAGUUUGGUUCAAUCUUUAAAAUCUGAAAAUCAAACAUGAAUCAGGUUUUUCAUCUGAUCCAGGAGUUGAGCAUCCAUCCAUCAUCCAUCAUCCAUCCAUCCAUCCUGAUCCAAACCACGUCCUCCUCAUAUUUGAGAGGGUGGAGACAAAAAAAGCAGACCUGCAGCGUGUCAUAAAGGGGGCGGGGCUUCAGUGGCAGUAUAUGUUUUUAGAGCAGGCAUGUUUUAAGUUCAUAUUGCAUCUGACUACUGCGAGAGGGAUGGAGAGGGACGGCGCGGGGUAGAGAGAGAAGAGGAGGAGGAGGAGGGAGAGAGAGGGAGAGAGAGAGAGAGAGAGAGAGAGAGAGAGAGAUCCACCUCCGCGCGAAAUAAUGGGGGUGAUAAUAAAACAGGGGGGAAAACCCGUCCGAGGGAAGCUGAAUGGACGGAUCCGGACAGACGUCACGGGCAGCCGCAGCCAUGAAGACUGAGCGCUCGAGCCUCCGGCUGCUCAGUCCGUCUCCACCUGCCGAUCCGCUCACUGCUCCGGUUUGGAGAGAGGACACGGACACCGACACCGCAGAGAGACACACACACGAAUCCGUGAGUAUGAGAUCUAAAAUCUCUAUUUUCAUUUCUAAAGAGAGAGAGAGGGAGAGAGGAUGUGGAGACAGGAGCGGAAUAUCGGCUCUAAAAAAGGAAGAAAAACGCGUUUCCAUCCGCGCCGUUUGCGUCGCCGAGCUGCACAGAAACCGGAGGAGCUGAGGUCUGAAUGUGGAGGAAGCAGCGAGAGAGAAAAAAGGCGAAUUUAAGCUCUUCGGCUGCAUAGACGCUGAUGUUUGUGAUUUCGGAGGGUUUGUGAGUCUGUUUGUUUGUGAGGAUGUAGAGCAGGAGCUGAGGUUCGAGUCUGAACGGUGAGGUGGAAACAUCAAAGAUCUUCACAGGCUGUUAUUUCAGUCUCCAGGUUCAGUCCUCGUGUAAAGAUGAUCUUUAGGUGAAUUUAAAUCCCAAUUUGUCUGAAUUUGUGACUCGGAGUGAGUGAUGGAGUCCAGGCCGAGUGAAAGGUCACCAACACGAACAUGCAGAAACCAAAACCUCACUGAUGGAGAGACGCAAACUUGAGCUUCUGAGGGACAACUCCUCCUGAUCCUCAGCCCAAAAUGACGCAUUCUACACCGGCUUCAUAUGCGCCAUUCACACCGAGACACAGAGGCCAAACAGGCGCUUCCAUCUCACACACUCACACACACACACACCUCGGGGUCACUUCUAACCUGCUCUGCUCCGCGUGCCUGUCAGCCAACAUAUGGUCUCCAAACCCUCUCUCCUGUAUUUUCCCUUUUUGUCCAAAUCAAACCUUCUGCAGGACUCAGAGGGUCCAUGUGGAUCAGGUCUGAGGAUUAGCAGGCCUGCCGUCAGUGCGUAAUAAGACAAAGUGGUGCCGUUCACACCCAGAGCUGCCGGAUAAACGGAUCACAAGGCCAAAAUAUCCCGUCCACACGUGUGCGCGGGGGUCCGAGGCCUGUGCCGAGAACACGUGUGCGCCCCGCGGACUCACCGGGGGAGAGAUCUGGGACUGUUGGUGGGGGGGGGGCAGUUUUAAAGCCAAAAUAUAAAAACCGGGAUUAUGCAACGUUUCACAUGAUGAACAUGAGAGCAUUAAUGUGUGUGUGUGUGUGUGUGUGUGCACGCGGGGGUCAAUGCACGAGGGGAGGCAGGAGGAUGGAGAGGAGAGGGACGUGUGCAGAAAAAUGAUUUAAUCUGAAAUUUAGGGAUUAAAAACAGCUGAGAGAAUAAUUCUACAGAUUUAUGUGACUGUUAAAUUAACACCGAAUACAGAGAGAGAGAAAGAGUGUGUGUGUGUGUGUGUGUGUGUGCGUGUGUGUGUGUGUGUGUGUGUGUGUGUGUGUGUGUGUGUGUGUGUGUGUGUGUGUGUCGCUGCAGUGUAUUUUAGAGGCUAAUUUUCUGAAAGUAUUCAAACAUUAAUCUGCAGGUUUUGUGUGUAAAUGUGUGUGUAUGUGUGUGUUUAUGCGUGUGUGUUUAGCGCACAAUAGCAGUGAUGUACAGUCCAGAGGCUGCACCCUUUCACGGCCAUCCUCAUCCUCACCAUCCUCCUCAUCCUCAUCCUCACUAUUGUGUGUUUUUAAAACAUGGUCACUGUAGCAGCAGCAGCAGAUCUCAGUUUAGAAAGAUUCAGGAUUAAAGAAAAACAUAAAUGUUCCACUUUGUCUCCUCGCUGCUGGGGAGUCCGUCUGGAGAAUAAAACGGUCGUCUCUUUUUUCCAGGGAUCCCUUCAGGGACAUUCAGCGGCCUCACAACACGUGGCUGACUGUAGGUAACACAGACGACCUGCUCUCACUAUCACACAGACUGUAAGUUUAGGGGAGGGCAGCAGAGUGUCACAUUUUCGAUAAGUAGAGGAUAAACGAUAAAGCGAAAUUUUAGGUUAGAAAUAAAUCAGAUUUCAGACCUUUGAGCAGAGAGUUAAAGUUCAAAAUAAAAAAGUCCAUGACACACUAGAGGAUUUUAAAAUGUCAAAUUAGUCCUAAUUUUUUUACUCUUUUCAGAUUAAAUUUAAACAGGACGUGCGCAAAAUUAAUUAACUGAUUUAGACAAACACACACACACACACAUAUACACACUACAGUGUGGCUGUAAGUACAGUGUGUGUUCUCCUUCACACACACACACUCACGGUGUGUCUGUAAACAGGCCUAACCUCUCUCCCUAAAGCGCCAUAAAAAUCAUAUCCACCUUUUUUAGUUUGCCUUGUGCGUAAAAUCCUUGAGUUGGUGCGUAAAAGUUGUGCGUAAUUGUCUUUUUGUUGCAUCCAUCCAUCAGGAGAAGAAGAAGAAGAAGAAGAAGGUGUAAAUUCAAACUCAGAGUUUCUUUCUUUUAUUUUAAUCAAACGAAGCUCUUUAAUCAGAAUCGAUUCCUCGUUAAUAAUCUCUGCACCUUUGCAUUAAUUAUCUCCAAUUAGAGGCGCCGGAUUUGUGACGUCAUGUGCGUCUUAGCCAAUGGGGAAGCCGGCUGUGGUUUGUUUAAAUGUUGGAGAGAGAGACCCUGCAGCUGAAGAGUAAAGCUGAAGAUUGAGGGUCUAUUUUUUAUUUUAUUUUUUUUUAGGAAAAGUUUUGACUCUAAAAUCCCCAGGAGCUGAAAACCCUGAACCCAGAGCUCAGUGAGUAAUUUCCGCCUCAUAAAAGAGGAGCAUUUAUGGGAAUAAAACUCAGAGGAAAAUAUUGAAAUUGUAUUAAUUUAUUGGAAUUAUAUAACUGCCUUAAUAUAAACCGUGUUAAUGAAAGAGACUAUUAAUGAUAAUAGGGGGAAUAAGUGCAAUCUGCAUGUAAUUAUCUUUCUCUUUAUCCAAGGCUGGAAUCAUGAAAAUAGAGCUGAUCUUAAAACGAGUCAUAAAGCUCACAGCACAAGUCUGCAGCGAUUAAAACUCUUAAUGGUUAUAUCCUGCAUCAUUUCAAAGCAAAUGAUAUUGUGACGAAUUACCGCAGAGUUCGAACUGAAAAAAGAGGAAAAAAAGGAGAAAGUUUAUUUAAGAAAUCUGAAAUUAAAAAAAGGACAUUUGUUUAAAUUUGUUGAAUAUUUUGGAAUUUUUUUUGGACCUUAAAAUAAAUUAGAAAUAUGAAUAAAAAUUAAUAAUAAAUUAGGAAUUAGAAAAUGCCUGUUCUUACUGCUACUUUGGAUUUCUGCAAGUGUGUGUGGAUGUGUGUGACUGCAUGCAUGUGCAUUUUUUAAAUAUUGUCAUAUCAUGUGAGAGUUCACACAUCAGGUGUGUGUGAGACAGAGAGAGAGAGAAGGAGAGAGAGAGAGAGAGAGGUUGGUAUUGUUCAGCAGCAGCAGCAGCAGCAGUAACAGCAGAGGAGCAGAGCUUGUUUCUCCUCCGGCUUUGUCCUUGUGGAUUUAAACAAAGCACCUUGACGAGGAACCGUGUCACGGUGGCAGCCUCCUGAACGGCUACUAAACACCUUUAUUUUAAAAAAUCUACACAAAUUCAGACAGUAGAAGAAGAAGAAGACGUAACCUGGUGGGAGAACAAUACCAGUGGGACUGUGCUAACUGGGAUGUAGCCGUCUUAGCUAACCCUCUUCAGAGUGGUGGUGGUGUUGGUGUUCAGGGUUGAAGUGAUGGAGGCCGAGAAUAAUCGGAGCCUCACCCUCUCUCUCUCUCUUUCUUUCUUUUAGUAUCUCUCCAUCUCUCUUUCUGCUCUCAGUUUGAGGGGCUUUGCUCGGUGUUGGCGGUGGUGGGGGCGGAGCCUAACCACAACAGGGCUCUGGGCACACAGAGCAGCUUUAAUUAGAAGGGGCCCUGUGCCAUGUGCCACCACAUGUGAGUGUGUGUGUGUGCUGGAGCAUUGUCUCUCUGCACAUGUGCGGGUGUGUUUGGUGUGUGAUUAGCCGUGUUUUCUCGCACCUUCAGCAGAGUUUGUUGGCGUGUGUUUCCAUGGUUUUGUGUGAGGAGGUUUUUGUCGUACUAAGCGUGUACGUCUCCGUCUUUGCCUCCACUGCUCUAGCAUCAGAUAAUGCAAAUGAAGACAAACCCGUUUCUUCUGUAGUCAAACAACCAGGAUCUUUUAAUUUAAAAAUGCAUUUGGGUCGUCACGGGGGGCGGCGUUUGAAGCCAUCAGCCUCCUAUGGAGAGAAGCUGUGGGUGAGGGCGGAUGCGCCAUAGGAGCGGGCGCUGGGCCGCAGAAGGGAAAGAUGGCGCCACGGCUGGUUUGGACUGGUUGGACAACUUUUGUGCAUUUCUGUUUUUUCCUCUGAUUGUUUUACCGAGGGGAGUUUUUGAUAUGGAGGCAUUACUCGCAAGCCAAUCAGAGCAAUCUCUGCACAGAGGGUGGUUUCUGAUUGGCCGAGUGGUUUCAAGGCGGGGAUGAGGGGCCACUUGGUGACAUCACAAAACGAAGGGUCAGGACAUUUAAGGGCUGCUUUAGGCUGAGCGAGGAAACAAGGCCCCAGGCCGGGAGCGUGGCGCCUUUGUUCAGAGUCCCCGUGAACCGCUCUUGGAUCUGUACUCCGUGUUUCGCUCUUUUUCCACUCACUUCACCUCCUUCUCUGGUCAGUCUGUAUAAUCAAUCACAUCAUGUCAAACUAAAGAGGUGGACUCUGGCUCAGUCAAUAACUUUUUCAUCUGCUUCCAGGUCUGAAGUCGGCCCAUGUCACGCCGCCUGUGGCUUGAGAGGAUGGGUAGCCUUAGGGGUUGGUUGUUAUCUUUGGUUAUCUAGCUGUAUGAGUGAUGUACAUUCUUCAUAAAGCUAGAUAACCGAAAGUAACAAGAAUCCCAUUACACUCCUGAAAAGGCAUCAAGACCCCAAAACGCAACUCCCUCAGAGAAAACACUGAAAACCUCCUUCGAGAUCUGAAGACGCAAAACGGACAAAAAGGAGGAGGCUGGAGCCUGAUGCAGAUGAAGGUAGGAUGUGUUUGAGUGUGUGUGAAGGUGUGACAAUCCAACCAUGAGGGUUUGAGACGCUUCACACAUGACUGUAAGGCUUCGAACACGCUUUGACUCUCAGUCUGUCACCACGUAGACAUGCAGGACGUCAUGAAACAAACAGGACACGGUCGUCCAGAUUCAGCGUUCUGCAGUGAUGGUGCAACAGGAUCACUUUUAAUCUAAUAAGCCCCAUGAUCCUGGUGUGUGUGGCUGCAUGCAGGGGCUUAGCCGUACUAUCACAUGGCUGGGAGUGACAGACUCGCAGAAAAAAGGACCCACGGGUGGACUAAAACAAGUCGCUAUUGGCUAAUCAGUUUGGUAGCCGGUUUACUCAAUGCUCUAUUCACCGAUCCAGAUGCAUGAGUCCCUGCGUCUUUACGAGGACAUGCAAUAAGACAAGAAUGUGCUGCAUACGGGGCGAUGAAUUAUACAUAUGUUCAGACUUGGAUAGUGUGGGUUGAGAGUACUCCCUCCUCAGAGUUAAUCCGGGCGCCAAACUCCCCACCGGCACCUUCGCCGCACACAGACCCAAAUUUAUUUGAGGCCAAUUUUGUUAAGUUGAUUUUUUCCCUCCUUCCCACCUUCUCCUUUACUCCUUUCUCCCUCGUGCAUAAAAGCUGUUUGAUUUGGGGUCCUGGCCGUUGUUUGAUUUGACGUGACAGUUGGCUUGGUUGUGAAUGGGCCGUGGCAAAGCCUCCAUUGCAGGAGGUGCUACCAUGUGGAAAGGCCUGAUGGGAUAUCUCUGAAUGCUGCUGUGUGCGCACAAGGCGAGGCGAAGGGGGGGAGUGGUCGAGGGGCAAUCAAGCAGAAAGUGCCCCCAGUGACGAGAUCCAUGAGCAGGACACGGAGAACAAUCCCAGCCUUCGGGUCCUCUGCAGCGGGCUCACGGUGAGGAGUAAUUGGUCAAUCAGAUCUUCAACCUCCAGGCCUCUGAUGGCUGAUUGAAGGUGUGAUUUCCUUUCUGCCCAUCAAAGCUAGAGGGUCACUCCUGCUGGGAGAGGCCGUGAAGGAUUGUUCUCGAGGUCUCCAGGCUCUGGAGCUCUGAGGCUCCAGUAUAUUCCUGGUGGCGGUUGGCCGUCCCAAACGUCACUCUCAGGUUUGGAGAUAUUCAGAUUGACACGCCGCAAAUCUGAAAAGGCUGAAGUGAGAUUCCUGAAGGCGUGCAUGGCAACCAAAACUCACAAGCCCUGCAGCUGUACAUGCAUGCAUGCCUGCUGCAGUGCAGGUGCAGAGAGUGACAUUUGAGCUAGAAACGAGGAGUGACAGCUAGAGAUGUCCUCUUCUUGGGUGCAAAGUUGUGCACGGUUCCUUCUCUGACACGAUAGAAAGACGACGCACAUGGUUUCUCUGCAGGUGCAAAUUUAAACAUUUUGCACAUGCAAGGCCGGCAGAUUCUCAGUGCUGGAGAGAUAACUCCUCAACCCUUCCUGCUUCCUUUCUGUGUCAGUUACAGUCGUGGGGCUAAAUAGGAAGUGAAGUCUUGGACAGAUUGUGUUUAUACCCUAAGCUGUGCCCUGGGAGACACAUGUCAUAGUGCAAACGCUUUGUGCUAGCUCUGUGUGCGGCACAGUUAUAUCGCUAACACUCCACACAGGGGACCCGACGGAGAGACCGUCUUAGCUUCUGCCUGCCUGGAAGUGGCACAGAGAUGGGUGAGCUCCCCAAAAACCACCUUAGGGCUUUUUCUCUCUCUCUUUUCCUGUGUCCCAUGGCAGGGUCUGAAAUAGAGAGAGAGAGAGAGGGUAGAAGAGGAGGAGGAGGAGGAGGGUGGUGGGUUUGUCUUUGCUCUCAUGCACUAGGCAAGCAGAUUUAGACUCCAAGUGUCAAAUAGAAAAACAGCCAUUGUGGCCGAGUCCUGCUGGCCCCCCCACCAGUAGACUUUACAGUCAAUAGAGCUAGUCCACUUGUCACUGAGGGACAAAGCACCCCUUUGCCUCCCUUUCACCCCCGCCGGGUCCGAGCAGCCAGACAGUUUUCUGAAUAAGACCCAGUGAUUCCUGCCCCCUUUUCUCUGCCUCUCUUUCUCCGCUCGGGACACACCAACAGGGUCUGGAAAAUGGCUUCGCUGUUGGCCUGGAGCACAAGGCCAGACCUGUUAUUUUCUACGACAGCGCCGCGUUCCCUCCAAAUGAAUGUGUCUUGCAGAAGUCAAUGGGCCUCCGCAGACAAAGGAGAUUAAGUUUGGCAACUUAGCGGUAACAGGUGUACCGUGGUCGGACCACACGGGGGGCGGCUGCUGCUGUCUGACCCGCUCGCUCCGUUUGGUUUCGAGUCGUCGGAGAUAAAGAUGAAAUUUGUUUAGUGUGCUGAGACGACAAGAUUCCCUCAGACCUUGUCAACUCAGAAGUUGUAGAGGAGACUUUGUGUGGCCCGGCUGUCGAACACCGGCCUCUUAUCAUCUUCGCUGCGUUUGAAAGCGCAGCUCAGUAUUUGCAACAUUUCUCCGCUGAUUUGCCAAGUUUUCUCCAAAGGGAAUCUGCGGAUAUCUUUAGAUCUGGAGCUGUGCUCACCCAAGGGAGCGAGUUAAGGGUAAACAAUGCGGGCACAGAGAGGAAGAAAGAAAUAUCAGAGGGAGUGCAGCACGGCGCCGAGGCAUGAAUACAUUUUCGCAUUUAGAGCCGAGACAGUGAUGUUUUAAGAGGGGAAGUAUCUUUCAAAGAGGAUGAGUGAAGCCUUUUUUUUGUCCUAUGUGUAGCCUCAGUAUUUCCAACCCGGGUAAAUCGAGCCAUUCAGCAGCAGAAUAAACAGAGACACUUUCAGAGCCGGAGCGAAAUACUGCGUGCAUUUGUUUGUUUCAGUGGUUAAUAAAGCUUUUACCGAGAGCUCGGCCCUCAGAAAAAAAAAAAAAAACAUUCUGCUGAAAUGACUUGGCAAAGCAUCCGAUGGAGGGUCUGUUCAGACUGAAGCUGCUCCCGCUGCCAUUGUCUAGCUCUCUCUCUCACACACCUACGAGUCCAGAGUGAGCACACAAUUUCAUUGUUGCGUGAGCUGUUAAUAUCAGAGGCUUCACAAUAGAGCCCAUUCGACAUAUUUGCAUAAGGCACUUUUCCAACAAGGACCCGGAGAGGGCUUGAAAGCUGGCCCACUCCAGUGCCAAUGGCAAAAAAAUGUCAAGUGCCAAUUAGGAGAGGUUUGCCACCAUUCAGCGGUACCCCACCCCUGUCGGCCUUCCCCUCCCUGCUUACCCACCCCAACUCUCUCACACUCCAAGUCACCCCUGUUUUUACCACCUUAUUCCAUUUUCACUCAUAGUCUUCCCCUACUGACACCCAGAGACAAAAGCUGGCUCCCUCCUCGGCCGGCUAAUGGAGGAUCCUUUCUGCCGCGCUCCGAGUAUUAUCAGAAUCAGACAGCGCGCUCUGUUCACCGAUUAGUCAGCUUUCUUUGUUGAUUUCUUUGAAUAGAAGGGUUCACGAACCACGCGGCUUAACCUGAGAGAUACAGACUCCACCUGCCAGAGAAUAUUGAACUUAGCACGCCGGUUACAUUGUGCUGCUCGCAGGUUUGCACAGGCAGGUGUGGGGAGGAUUUCGGUGCUGGUUUUAAGGCUUUUAAAUCUAACCUCUUUCUUCUCAGGCCGCUGUGUGUUACUGCUAAUAACAUUUAGCCCCUUAAUGAUCGCUUUAAGCUAGUCCUGCUUAUUAUUUUUGCACUGAUGCACGCACAAAAACAGAGCAUCCUAUUAUGAAGCUUUGAGUCAGCUGUUAGGGCUCAAAAGGAAACGCACAACAACAGAGCAGCCAGCUUUGCCAGAGCUACGUCACAUUCAAGCUAGCUUAACUUGUGUCAACAGAGCUGAGCAGCGGCUCAAAACGUGGUUUUAUUCCCACUAAUGCCGAACCGCAGCUGUCACAUGCAGGGUAGGUGUUGGUGGCGGGAAUGCAGAGCAUCACCGGUGUCCUUGAAUUUUUACGUAGCGUGGUGUUUACAUGAGCUACAGAAGGCUCAGACAUCAAACAGAAACACACACAAAAAAACAACAACCCGCUUUCCCGUAAAAAUGACAAGGGUGCGGCAAAUUAGAGGCAAAAAAAUGAAGUGGUAGGCACAAUAAAAGAAGGUAAUCGUGUUUGUCCAAUUGGGCUAGCGUUGUUUUCCACAGAGCGUUUACCUAACUUACCGCCUCCUGCCACUCAGAAGGAUUUCUCUCUUGUCCCCUUUUUCUCUUUCAUUCUUUCAUUCAAUCUCUGUGUCGAGUUUUUUUUUCUUUCCCACCCUUGAUUCUCAGAUGGUUGGAUCUGAUUUGCAUGCAUUUGCAUAAUGAAAGUCAUUUGCAUGCUCAGGGGCAGACUGUACCAUGAGAACAGACAUGAAAAGGUGUGUGUGUGUGUGUGUGUGUGUGUCGUAUGUAUCCGUGAACUAUACAUGUGCGUUUUGAUGGAUAAAGCACGCUCUAAAAAAUGUCCCUCUUGCCCUCUGAUUUUUCCCAUCCCUGUUUUCUGUGCAGGCGGACCGGCAGCACCUCGUCACUGAAGGAAAGCUGGCAAAAGGAGACUGAAAAACAGAGAAGAAGGAGGAGGAGGAGGGGUUGCUGUUGAUUCUGCCCUCCCUCUCUCCUCGCCCUCCUCUGCAUCGCCUCUUCCCUCCUCCUCCUCCUCCUCCUCCUCCCUUCCUCCUCCGCUCCAUCCUCAGCAGACUGCCCCUUUUUCCUGUACAACGAGACGCAGCCCGCGCCACCAUCUUAGAGCAACACUGGCAUGAAAUGGAAGUGGAAGGACCAGCCAGUGCAGGUAACUCCAAACCCACCGCGCCCGCCAUGUUGCAUCCCUACGUCGGCGCCACCCCAGACCCCUCUUCCCCCUCCCCAUGCCCUCGUCUCUUUCCCUGGCAAACUAUCGCCCCGGUUUUAAUCACCUCGGAUAUUUUUGUUAAUUGCAUCCUUCACACGGAUGGGCGGAGGGGAGGGCGAGCUGAUGUGGGCGGAGCGUGUGUUGUAUGUGUGUUCACAUUAAAUCACUCUUGCUCUCAAUGCCUCUCUCAGGAGGCUUUCAGCGGGCAUCUGUCCUCCGCAGCGCCAUGUUUUCUUUACCGUUUGGGAAUUCUCGUGCCAUCCUCACACGCGUGUGCCCCGACAUGGCGGCGACGGCGGAGACACGAUGCGAACCGUGCGUCAUAGACAAUAUAGAGUCCCACAAUACAGUCCCAAACUUACAGACGUGAAUCAGUGAGGUGAGGUGAUUUAGCUCGCCGUAUUUUUGCAUGAACAGAGCGAAAAGUGACGGAUUCAUGCCGAAAAUCUCUUCCUCAAACAAGGUCAAAAGAAAUGUCAAGAAGGACUCAUCUGUAGAGAGGACACUGAUGAUAUCCCUGAGCCACUAUUCACACUCUCCGACAGCGAAUAUUGUGGCGUGGAACAAAACCGCACAAAGCGGCGGACUGAUAAUGGAGAGGAGCUGGUGGAGAAGCGAGAAAGUGGAAACCUUCAUGGACAGAGUCUGGAAAGCUCUGGAAAGCCUCUCUUUGUGCGAGCGGCCGGUGUUGGAGGGCCGUCGGUGCUCAGACAAGUCGAGUAUUGUUCUCCCCGAGCGAGCUCGUUAUGCAGCGCGGCAUUAUUCCGGGCGAGGAGCUCCCAACUUUGAAAACCGCUUAAACCAAAACACCAAUUAGCAUCGGCUGGGCUUGAUUAAGCAAGGCAUCGGGUAAACAAUGCACGCCAUUGUCCACGCAACAGAGAGCCCUCCCUUUGUUUGUAGUGGUGUGGAGGUCAGACAGAAAGGAACGGUGCUGCUGACGCAAACUUACAGUCAAGUCCAUCAUGCUAUGCUAGCGGAGAGGGGCUGACGGUUCACGGUUCGAUCAAAGACCCGUUUCCAAUAUUUACACACACUUUGCUGUAAGUGGCGCCGGUUUCAGAAGGAGGUCAUGCCAAGCGCUCUCUCUGUUGAUAUUUUUGCUGUCGAAGCGGAGGCGUCGCUUGGCUUUCCUGAGAAGUGCGGCGGCGGUAACUGUGUCAAACCCAAAGCGCACUAAUCACGGAAAGGCCUCCAUAAACAGGUGGUAGAUUGAGCCGAAAAGGGGGCCGGGGCCGAUCUCAAUUUACUGUGUAAAUUAUGCAGAGCCCAAAACAAUGCUCACAGUAGACAGUGGAGUGGCUGGCGUUGGCUAAUGAGAUGAUGAGAAGCCUGGGAGGGCCGCGGUGAGGGGGUGGGCACGGCCAGCAGCUUGUGUCUGGAUGUGUGUGAGAGAGAGGGUCUAGAGGAGCUCUGGGCAGAGGGGAGCAGACACCAUCCCGUCUCUUGCCCAGACUGAGAGCUGCAGAGGGAGGGGAGCAGGCAGGCAGCUGGGGCACCCUGCCCCCAUCACUCCUGCAAGAGCACCAGCCUUGGGAACCUCUAUGGCAGGGGUCCCUGCAACACUGGCACGUAAGGGGCCCCCCAAAAAGUCUGGCUGCAACCCCCACAUCACCACCGCCUCCCUCUUGUCUCCCCAUCCACCCCUCCCACCCUAAUGUGAGGCUGGGGGCCUGGGAAGGACUUCAAGUUCACGGCCAGACCUCCUAUUGAGCUGACAGCCUGACUGUUUGCUCAAUUCGGCUCCCUAUUCAGAGCCGUCCUGGAGGAGGGGGGUGUGCAGAGAGGGCUGACGGGGAGGGAGGGGGACACGGUGGCACUGUGAUAGCUAUUCAUUCAGCGGAGUACAGAGCGAGAGGGGGAGAGAGUGAAGAGGGACGGGGGUGCAUAAAUAAAAAGUGAGGAAUCCCGGCUCAAAGUUUGCUUUGAGCGGUGUGCGCCUCUCUCACACCCUUUUACUCUCUUAAUUACCGGCGCCUUCCACUUUUCUCCCCCCUUUUCUCCAACUACACCCCAUCCACCCUCCUCCCCUCUUCUCCAUCCUCACCCAUCACACACUCAAACUCCUCACACACACACACAAACUCACCAUCAUUCUCAUCAUCCCCUCUAUCCCCUGGUUUUAUUGGGCCACAUGCUGGGGCUGUAAAUUUACUAUUAACAAGCUUAUUCACUGCAGUCCUCUCAACAAAACACGACCACGAUGCCAAUAACUCAACGCGACACCAAUACCCCAAACUGCCUUUCUGCUCCACUACCCUCACUCCCUCCUUCCUCGUCUCCUCACCUCUUCCUUCCUAAACGUCGUGGCGUACUGCUAAGCGCCAACUUUAACCCCCAAUUUUCGCUGCAUCCAGAACGGCUGCAGUUUUUGCCAAUUCCUACGGGAUCUGUUGGUGAAGCGAAUUUCAUUGCAGAUUACGGAUAAUCUUGAGAACUCACAAGAACCUGCAGAUUCACGUUCAAUCACACGAUAACGAGUCGUCUCUCUAAAGACAGACACAUAGACAUAUAAGCAGUAGAUUGUGUCCUUCCAGAGGAGGAAAUCUACUUCUAGACUUCUAGAAUCAGCAUCUCCUCAUCCAUGGUGUCAUCGGGGUGAAAUGACGUCUAAAAACCUUUCACUUGUUCGUCUCCGCCCGUUUGCAUGGUGUGACUUUGAAAAGAAGCCGGAUGUUUUAUUUUGUGUCUGUGCCCGACUUCCUUUCCAGCACGGGUUAAUCUGUGCUGAAUUUAUCCGCCAUGCUCCGGCGUCCGGCGAACGGAAAGAAGUCGGUGUAAAUUGACACGUUAACUUGAAUGGUUACGAUCAGCUACGAUCGGAGGAUACGACCUUUUAGGAGACGAUCAGGAUGAAGGUGGAGAUCGGGGGUAACACAUUUUAAGUUGCGGUUGUUGGUUUCUGCGGCUAAACCUGCACGCCUGCAUCAUGGGCUCUUUCCGCACCCGCUGACCUGCUGUAAUAUUUUAAGUUGCUUGUCUGAGCUGCUGGAAAAUGUAACAGAAAAAAACAUAGAUUGCCCUCUGAAGUCCACCUCAGCCUAGCUUAGGGCGUGUCACAUGCUUCCUCUUUGUAUUAGCGGCUCGUAGCGUACCAGGCGCCCGCUAAGGCCUUUCAACUUCAGCCUCAAUCCCUCAUCAGCUGCUGCCAGAUUUAGGGCACGAGAGAGCCGCCCCUGCAGGCUCCUUUUUCUAAAAAAGAUCGUCAUUCACUCUCUGCCGUCGUCAAUAAUUGUUUUGACAUUCACAUGAUUGUGUGUUUUUGCUUCCUUAAAGGUAUAAAGCUGUAUCUUAAGGUCAGAUCUCCUUUAUUUUGCAGGUGUUGGUGCACAGAGGUCCCAAACCCACAAACAGAGGGGGACAGCAGGGAUCCUCGUUCUGCAGUCUGGACUCCAGAGCCGCUGGGGCUCCUGUCUGCACACGACUCCUGCUGCAACAUUUGGAAAUCUCUGCACAGUUUGCACCUCCAACACGCUGCUGCGUGAUGCAUUAUCCGACCUACAUGACCAUGAAGAGCUGAGAGAGCGUCAUGGAGGACUCUGACUUUGGGGGGGUGGUGCUGAGGAGAGGAGAUGUGGACGAACUCCUCCUAAAAUGUGACUGUGACUCAUUUUUGAAGGUGUCGGUGUUGUGAAGAUUUUUACUCUCAAAUAUCAACAUGAAAAACAUUUUUACUCCUAAAAGAUCAAAAAUAUGAGUUUUACAAGAGCUGGGCAAACAUGACUGUGACUGAUUCAGACAAACGUCCUCGUUCUUGACGGUGUUAUAUUGAAUUUUAUCACUUUACAAAAGUUUUGGACUUAAAAGAUCUUAAAAAUGUUUAGAAGAGCUCCAUGAAGGACUGAGAGAGUUAAAACAGAAGAGGAUGAGGAUGAACUCCUCUGAAACUCUGACUCAGUUUUGAGGGCGGAGCAGUUUGGACAUUUUCACUCAUAAUUAUGUGGACAUAAAAUCAUCUAAAAAUGUUUUAAAAGUCCGACAUUAGCUGAGCAAACUUCAUGACAAAGCAGGCUGUGUUUAUUAUUCUUAUUCUUUGGGGAGUGGAGUUGAAUUUUGUUUUUUUUUUUUCCUGUUUAAAAUUUUAUUUAGACUUAAAAUCUUUUUAAAAAAUGUCUCAAAGUGUUACAAAAGCUGAGCACACGUCGUAGAUAUUGACAGACUUAUCCAGAACAGCGAUUUUAAUCAUUUUUAAAGUGUAGCGUCAAAUUUUUUUACAGUUUUUUACACUUUUAUAUGAACUUUUAUGUAGAUUUAAAGUUUACACGACUUCAGACAAAGACGUGUGGACAAAUUGUACAGAAAUAUGACUCCUGUUUUUAUAUUUUUGAAGUUUUUUCUUCAUUUUUAUGAUUUUAUUUUAUGUUUUCAUUUAUAAUCAACAAUAUAGACAAAGAAGGGAUAAGUGACACUAACAUGUAGGUGAUAUUGAAGAGUCGUAGCCCCCGUUUAGUUUGAUUUCUCUUCGGUUAUAGUUGCCAGGACUCAAAGACGCGUGAAUGUGAGACCCACGGCAGCAGUGAAUAAAACUGCACUGCGAUUGGACGGCUCCGUGUGUCGGCUGACACAAUGGCGAAGGAGUGAGCUGUCGUCUUUAUACUCUAUGCAACUGUCUUUUUUUAUCCUUCUUUAUUUUCGUUUAAAUCCCUGAUGGGUGGGGUUCCUUUUUAUCUUCAUCCUCUGAGUUUUUAUUUUUGGGCUACCAGUUUAUAAACGUCCCUUUAAACACGGACGAGAGCGACGACCAACACCAACACGAACACGAAGAAGAAGAAGAAGAAGCAGCAGGCGACACUCCCGUCGCUCCUACACUGACACAGAAAUGACACUCAGAGUGUGUGUGUGUCCGAGUGUGUGUGUCCGAGUGUGUCGCUCGGUCUCACAAACACACAAAAUACCGGUGUGUGUUCGAUCGAAUCCUUCCCAGCAGGCUUUGCAGCUCAGUUACCUGCUCCUUUUGGGUGAGACAUGACAAAUACAUUGGCUUCAAACACUGCCUUAAUUUCCUGUCCUUGACAUUACAGCACACACACACACACACACACACACACACACACACACACACACUCUCUCAAAUGCAAUAAAGCCAGCACUAUCACAGCUAAUUCAUUCUAUAUUAAUUUUCGGGAAGUGGCAAAUUUUUUUUAUUACGAUUGAUAAUCUAUGCAAAUCUUUUAAAUAUGACUUUAAACAAUCUAUGCAGAGCUUUUUGCAAUUGAUUCAAGGAAGACUAUCUUGGCCUAAUUUAGAAAAUGUAUUCUUUUGAUAAUCACGCACAUCCCAGCGCUCCAGACAAUUACUUAUCUGCCUGGAUAAGCUUGAAAUGAUGUUUUUAAUCUUUGGCUGAGAAAAAAAAAAAAAGAGGGUUCUGCCUUCUGAUAUCAUGAAAAGCCUGAAUCGAGGUCUAAAAUAAUUAAACGGGUUGCACUAAAUCUCACAUCAAACACAUCUGUUCACGGCUUGUUUUAUAUAUAUGAUGAUAUUUGUGUUAUGCAAUCUCUGACUGCCCUGGAUGAGGGGUGACCACAUGUGCCUUUGUAUGCUAAACUGUUGGAAUAUGAAUAAAAGUUUACAUGGAAAACAACGCAAA